AUGCCUGUGAACACCACAUUGCAGGCUGAAUGUAACAGGAAUGAACUAAUAUUAUCAAACGCUCAUUAUCACUCUACCCAGGAUACCUAUGCUAUUGAUCUUAUGCGCGAUAUUUGGACAUUUGAACGGAAAUGCAGGAUUCUAAGUGGUACUUUAAAAGCCGAAACCGAGCGGAUGGUAAUCGUAAAUCUUAAAUCAACCACAUUAAAUACCUAUAAGGAUUUUCCAUCCUACAAAAACCUCAUUCUACGCAGGUCCGGCAAUGUAGUUCAAAGAUUGUUGGUGUACGAUAGGGUAAUAGGAGAUCUCUUGCUGAGAACUCGAGCAAUGCGCCACAUUCCGGAAUUUAUAGAUGUCUUUGCCCCAUCCUGCCGCAACUCUUUGGUUCUUCUGAUUAUCGACCUGUAUACCGGGGAGGCAUGGUCCAAGGAAAUUCAGUUGUUUUGUUCAGUAAAAGGAACGGCAGACGACACAAUUUUCUUGUCUCUACUUCUUUCUACUUCAUGUUCUUAG